UGUAUCCACAGCACUUCUCAAAGGGAGAGGCACACACAGCCAGAAAUAGCGAGAGAUUUACAGCGUUAUAGCGACCAACUGGGGAGAACCACGCACACUAACAAAGACAGGGAUAUACAAAUCCUGCCUUUUGCGUCCUCGCCGAGGGAACAAUUCAGCGCAAGCAGAACACAACUGUGAAACUGACAACAUGAUUCAAGACCAGUAUCUAAUAGAAUGUCCGAUGGACGCUGACUAUGAUCAGAAAUAUCUGCAGAAUCCUCAAAACACCGCACUCUAUACAGAAGUCCCCCCAAGACAAGACACACGGGACCCCCGGGGCAUCAACAAGCACUUGAAGGUGGACUUCUCAGAUGUCUUGGCAGAGCCUAGCUCAUUUCACAGUUUUGACAAGGUCUGGACCUGGAGUGACAUCUUGUUCGAGUCGUCAAAGCUGUGGUGCUACCGAAUCAUAUCCCUCCUGUGCGCCGUGCCAGUUUCUCUGAUUUCCGGCAUCCUCUUCGCGUUCCUGGGAUGUCUGCACAUAUGGUGUGCCAUGCCGUGUAUCCAGCUCUGCAAUGUCUGCAUGCCCCCCAUUCGGACCCUGUGGGCCAGUGUGUUGGACAUAUUCCUUGCCCCUCUCUGUGCCAGCUUGGGACGCUGCUGCAGUUCCAUUUACAUACAUUUUGCCAAGCAGCGGGAAUAGCUGAGCAGAGAUCAACGUACACGGGACACGAGAAUGGCAGAAAGCCGGUUACUUGUCAGGCUGCGCAUUCUGGCAUGUUUAUAAUUUCUAUAAAGUGCUGCGCGAAAGGAGCAAAUGCAAUAAAACGGCUUUGGAUUUUCA